ACAAUUCCCAGAAGGCUGGGCGGUCCAGAGUCCGCCGGCCUUCGGUGUGGCUCAGUUAGUUUCAGCGCCGCGGGGAUUUGCCCCAGCCGGAUGUAGUGUACAGUCCUGGAGGGAGGGGCGGCCCAGUGAGGGUCGUGCCUCCUGGAGCCGCCCCCGGGACGUGAGUCCUGGAGGAGGCGAGGGUUGCUACAAUUGUUGAGAAGACUAUGAAUAGGACAGAGAACUUGUUCUUUACUGGUUCCUCAUUAGCAUCCCAAGUUCAUGCUGCUGCUAUUAAUGGAGACAAGGGUGCUCUUCACAGGCUCAUCAUAGGAAAUGCUGCCCUGAAAGACAAAGAAGAUCAGUUUGGGAGAACACCCCUUAUGUACUGUGUGUUGGCCGACAGGCUGGACUGCGCAGAUGCUCUCCUAAAGGCAGGUGCAGAUGUUAAUAAAACUGACCAUAGCCGCAGAACAGCCCUCCAUCUUGCAGCUCAAAAGGGAAAUUACCGUUUCAUGAAACUCUUACUCACACGUAGAGCAAAUUGGAUGCAGAAGGAUCUGGAAGAGAUGACUCCUUUGCACUUGACCACCCGGCACAAGAGCCCCAAGUGUUUAGCACUUCUGCUGAAGUUUAUGGCACCAGGAGAAGUGGAUACACAGGAUAAAAACAAGCAAACAGCUCUGCACUGGAGUGCCUACUACAACAACCCUGAGCACGUGAAGCUGCUUAUCAAGCAUGAUUCCAACAUCGGGAUUCCCGAUGUCGAAGGCAAGAUCCCACUUCACUGGGCAGCCAACCACAAGGACCCAAGCGCUGUUCAGACAGUGCGAUGCCUUCUGGAUGCUGCUCCAACGGAGUCUUUACUGAACUGGCAAGACUAUGAGGGCCGAACGCCUCUUCACUUUGCGGUCGCUGACGGGAACGUGACAGUGGUUGAUGUCUUGACCUCAUAUGAAAGCUGCAAUAUAACAUCUUAUGAUAACUUAUUUCGAACCCCACUUCACUGGGCAGCUUUAUUGGGCCACGCAGAGAUUGUCCAUCUCCUUUUAGAAAGAAAUAAGUCUGGAACCAUCCCAUCCGACAGCCAAGGAGCCACCCCCUUGCACUAUGCAGCUCAGAGUAACUUUGCUGAAACAGUCAAAGUCUUUUUAAAACAUCCUUCAGUGAAAGAUGAUUCAGACCUGGAAGGAAGAACAUCCUUUAUGUGGGCCGCCGGGAAAGGCAGUGAUGAUGUCCUCAGGACUAUGCUGAGUUUAAAAUCUGACAUUGAUAUCAACAUGGCAGAUAAGUACGGAGGGACAGCUUUACAUGCUGCUGCCCUCUCUGGCCAUGUCAGCACCGUGAAGUUAUUACUGGAAAAUAAUGCUCAAGUAGAUGCUACUGAUGUCAUGAAACAUACUCCACUUUUCCGAGCCUGUGAGAUGGGACACAAAGAUGUGAUUCAGACACUUAUUAAAGGUGGAGCAAGGGUAGAUCUAGUUGACCAAGAUGGACAUUCUCUUCUCCAUUGGGCAGCGCUGGGAGGAAAUGCUGAUGUUUGCCAGAUAUUGAUAGAAAAUAAGAUCAAUCCAAAUGUGCAAGAUUACGCAGGAAGAACCCCUUUGCAGUGUGCUGCAUAUGGGGGGUACAUCAACUGCAUGGCAGUGCUCAUGGAAAACAAUGCAGACCCUAACAUUCAAGACAAAGAGGGAAGAACAGCUUUGCACUGGUCUUGUAACAACGGAUACCUUGAUGCCAUUAAAUUGCUGCUAGACUUUGCUGCUUUUCCUAAUCAGAUGGAAAACAAUGAAGAGAGGUACACCCCCCUGGAUUAUGCGCUGCUGGGCGAGCGCCACGAGGUGAUCCAGUUCAUGCUGGAGCGCGGCGCCCUGUCCAUCGCCGCCAUCCAGGACAUCGCGGCCUUCACCAUCCAGGCCGUCUACAAGGGCUACAAGGUCAGGAAAGCUUUCCGGGACCGGAAGAAUCUCCUCAUGAAGCACGAGCAGCUGAGAAAAGAUGCUGCUGCCAAGAAGCGAGAGGAAGAAAACAAGCGAAGAGAGGCUGAACAGCAGAAGGGAAGGCUGAGUCCGGAUUCCUGCAGGCCCCAAGCCGCUCCCUGUCUGCCUGGCACCCACGCCGAGCCCCAUGGGCAGAAUGGGGGCCCCAGCAAACAGCCUCCCCCCAGCAGCGCGGCCCAGAGCACGGAGCAGAAAACCUGCAGAGGGUCUCCAAGCAGAGCCCCCCAGAAGGAGCAGCGUCUUCCCCCAGACUUGCAGGGAACAGAACCCAGAAAGCCAAACGAAACAUCCAGAGAACAUUCGAAAGGCCGGUCUGCCUGUGUCCACUUCAGCCCCAAGGAAGGCAAUGAUGGAAACAGGUGUCCGGGAGUCUCCUCUGUUGAGAAGUUCAGAGGUGAGACCGUUGGCGAGCAGCGGUGCGACAAGGGGAAAGUCUUGAAGCAGCCCUCCUGCGGCAGGGUGGCUGGGCCUGAUGAGAAAGGAGAGGACCCCAGCUGGGCAGCUGCCAGCCUCCCACAGCAGGACGGCCAUCGGAAGCCCAGCAGGAGGCACAGCGCAGCACCCAAGGCCAAGGGUGCCUCCCAGAAGAGGCGUAUUCAAGAGCUCAGAGGAGGAAGGUGCUCCCCAGCUGGCUCUAGCCGCCCUGGCAGUGCCAAGGGGGAGGUGGUCCAUGCUGGGCACCAUCGGACACCAAGAAACAAAGUGACACAGGACAAGCUCGAAGGAGAGAGCUAUUCAGACCUGCCACAGGGGACAGAGGUGUUGAGGGCAGGAGUCAGGAAGCUGGGGACAUCCACCCUGUCUGAGGAUGCUCAGCUCUCUAAGGAGACCGAUCCAGCUCCUGGGCCCCUCUUAGGGCAGAGUGUGAACAUCGACCUUCUCCCUGUAGAGCUGCGGCUGCAGAUCAUCCAGAGAGAAAGAAGCAGGAAAGAGCUGUUUCGCAGAAAGAACCAGGCGGCAGCAGUCAUCCAGCGGGCCUGGAGGAGCUACCAGCUCAGGAAGCACCUGUCCCACCUUCUGCACAUGAAGCAGCGUGGAGCCAGAGAUAUGGACAGCUGGAACCGAGAGUGUGUGGCACUGCUCCUCCAGGUCUGGAGGAAGGAACGGGGACUAAAACCCCCGAAGACCGUCACAGUGCACAGGACCACCAAGAACCCUUCCAGGAGCAGCUCCGGCACGAAGUCCACCCGGCAGUCGGUGCUCAAGCAAAUCUAUGGUUGUUCUCAAGAAGGGAGAGUACAUCCUUCCCCAAGAUCUUCAAAAGCCCAUUCUGUGCUGCGUCUCAACUCAGUGAGCAACCUGCAGUGUAUACACCUUCUUGAGAACAGUGGAAGAUCAAAGAAUUUUUCUUAUAACCUGCAAUCAGCUACUCAAUCAAAAUACAAAACAAAGCCCCGACAGCCUGUGGAGGAAGACUGUGUCCGUGAAAAUGAGAAGAGGGGAAGACAGCACUGAGUUCUCAGAGACACUGUAACAAAACUCCAGAAGCUGAUGGAGUGCAGUACCAAAAAUGAAAGAUGCAGAAAAAUCGUAAGGAGAGGCAAAGAUAAGA